UUUAAUGUCAAAUAAACUAUACGAAAAAAGAAAAUGUUCAGUAGUCAUUUUAACUGCAUUCAGAGACAUGAAAGCCACAGUGUUUUACAUUAUUUAAAUAGAGGAAGUGAAUAAGUCCCAUCUUGGUGUUUCCUCUCCCUGCAGAAGAUACUCCAUUGCAAUCAUUUUCACCUGUCAAAUGAAUACAACUCAAACCUGACUUGGUAUUGCCCGAAAUACAAAUCAGCUCUGCUUAAAUCGGUCAAAUCAAUCUAAUAAUUCAGUAGAAACAUACACGAUUCUGAUCUUAUGUAAUGUUUUAGCCUUUAUAAACUGUCAUAGGCCUGAUUAAUGUUUAAAACAGUUGUUAAACUGUAUUUCUGCUGAUGAAAAGAUGACAGCUUCACUGACCCGCGUCUAAUUCACCCCUCUGAUUAUUAUUGACUAUGUUGCCAGUUUACAACUCUGCUUCCUUCCUUCACUGAGGUGUCCCACAUGUUGUUCCACGCAGCAGAACCCCUGACUGACAGACCGGACGACCCGCCUCCAGCCCACCACAACCGACCAAUGAGGCUGCAGAGCGGGGACGAGCCUUCAGCGGCAGCCUUUUAUUCCUCACUACAGUAACCCACACACUGGCAGUCAUGUGACGGUCAUAUAGUACAACUCAGUCAGCGCUCAGUCCAGUCUGAACCAACGCUGCUGCUGCUGCUGCUGCUGCACGGCGAGUCUCAAGGGCAAAUCCUGACAGACAGACAGCCACGUCCGAUGCAACGGAUAAAAAAAAUACUCCCCGCGCUUUUUGCAUUGGGAUUAUAGGCUAUUUGCUUUGAGUGAACAAGACAUACUGUAUCCUGGCUGGAGACCUUGGACUGUAAGAUUGUUUUCCUGACACUUACUUUUUCUACCCCGGGAGAGAACACCAGGUGUUUCACUAUCUCACCCCAGUGAGAGGACUGGCCUUGGUGACCUGGGUUUAUUUGGCCUAACUUUCCCAGCAAGAAGGAAUCAUUUUCUUACAAAUCUUCCUAAACACAAACUCUAAGUCCAACAAGAGACAGCAGUUUGGCACUAGCCAGGGAUGGUGGAUAACUCCCCAGUGAGUGAGGAGACUUUUCUUCCUUACAGUGGCUCUCCACCAGCCUACCGGCUGUCUGACAUGGUAACAGACCUGAACUCCUACCAGGUGAUGCCGUCACCGUUUUCGGAGGACGAUCUUAGUGAGUCGUCCAGCCCUCGUUCCUGCUCCAGCCCGGACUCCCAGGUGCUCAGCUCCAGCUACGGCAGCAACUCUAGUGCUGAGAGCCAGGACAGCAUCCUGGACCACCUGCUGUCCCAGGCCUCUUUAGGCAGUGCUGCGGUAGGAUCUGUAGCACCUAUACCAUUAUCUUCUUUCCUCUGGGACUCAAGGAGAGAUGAGCCCGCUAAACGUGAACCUAUAAAGGAGGAAAAUUUUGACUUCCUCGCCUGGUCCAAUGCGGAAGCAGAGGAACAACUUGGAGGGUCCUUCCAACCCACACUGGAAGAGAUUGAAGAAUUCCUGGAGGAGAAUAUGGAGGUGGUGACGAUGAAGCAGGAAAUCCGAGAGAGUUGCCCAGGGUUGGGAGUGGGACUGGAGGAGACUCUUGGUCUAGAAGUUGGCCUGGAGUGGUGCAGGGAUACAUCCCCUGAGCCUAAGCUGGAGCCAGAGGCCAAGUACUCAGAUCAAACUGUCCCCACCGCCUGCACUGCUGGCCUGGCCUCUGCUGCCUCCCACGAGACCAAAACCACAUCAGUUAACCCCACACAUGAAUCCAGCACAGUAGACAAGAAGGCAUCAGCCAACAAACCUUCAUCAGCAGACAGUGACACUAAUGGUGGUGGGAUGCCGGUCAUCCUACAGAUUCAGCCUCUUCAGAUCAAGCAGGAGCCCACUGCGGUGCCUCUUACCCCAGUAGCCCAGCCCCCCCAACCUGCCCCAGCCUCAGACAUCAAAAUUGCGCAGUUACUGGUCAACAUCCAAGGUCAGACAUUUGCCCUGGUGCCCCACAUCCUGCCCUCCCCCACCCUGAACAUGUCUUCGAAGUUUGUACGUAUUGCUCCUGUCCCCAUUGCAGCCAAGCCUCUUGGGCUCGGGGACAGCUCAGUCAGUCAGGGAUCAGGGAUUCUUGUCGGAGAUCAGAAGUUCCAGAAGAACCCAGUGGCGGAUCUUAUCAAAAUGCACAAAUGCACUUUUCCUGGCUGCACCAAGAUGUACACCAAGAGCAGCCACCUGAAGGCCCAUUUGAGGAGGCACACAGGGGAAAAGCCUUUCGCCUGCAACUGGCAGGGCUGUGGAUGGAGGUUCUCCCGGUCAGAUGAGCUGUCGCGACACCGGCGGUCCCACUCAGGGGUCAAGCCCUACCAGUGUCCUGUAUGUGAGAAGAAGUUUGCCCGCAGUGACCACCUUUCAAAACACAUCAAAGUCCACCGUUUUCCUAGAAGCAGCCGGACAGUUCGCUCAGCAAACUGACGCCCCACUCAGAUCACUGGGAAUGCUGGGAUCACUCUCAUACAGACAUAGGCCAAGGGAGCAAGGUGUGAGUUUGUGCAUACAAGUGUGUGUGCAAAUAUUUGUGCCAUCAUCAAGUCAAUAUGAAUAUGUGAGUGGAAGCACGCCUUGCUUUUUGUUUCAGCAGUCUGUGAUUGUUCUAAUUUAUUGUACAGAAGUAAACCAACACAGUUACCAUCUUGUCUGUAAUCAGCUAAAGGUUGUUGUUGCUGUUGGUGCUUUUGUAUGUUGUACUCCUUAUGUUUGUUCUGCCCUUAUCUCCGCAGAAGAUAAGAUAAACUUAUUUUCAUUCAGUCUGUGAUUGCUUUGGUAAUAGCCUUGUGUGUCCAUUCUACCUAGAGAACAACAACUGCCUUUUAGCUUCCUGAAAACUGCCAAUGUCUUGGACAUUCCUCAUUUUAUGCAAAGUUAAGGAAGUCAGGUUGAAGUUCAUUUGGAUCUCCACUUGCUACUACUGGAGUAGUAGUUACUCUUCCUGGGGUCAACAGAGGUUUCUCCCAUGUGGUUCCUCUGAUAGCUUUGUCCUAGUUUUUGCAGCAUUGCACCACAGGUCAUUGACAGAAUGGAUGAACAACACCUUUGUCAGCUUGGUGUUGAUGCACAGGGAGAGAAUAUUAUACUAUGUGGACAUGAACUACUGAUGGCAUAAUCUCGAUAAGCUACCGGGACUCCUCUUACAUUUUACAGCAACUUUGUAAACUUGCUGAGACGCAAGGAGGAGGAGAAAGACAGAGCAACUCAAGAAAUGCAAAAGUGAACCAGUGAUUGUUAAAUCAGCCUUCUGUUCAGUGUUAAAUGUUCUCUUUGUUGUUGUUUUCUUAAGCUAAGUCAUGUGUACCUACUUGCUCGUCUUCUAUUUGUAUCACUUUUCUGGCCUUACUGUACCACAAAAUCCUUACCAGAGAGCCAAAUGGUUUUGGAAAUCAUGCUUUUCAGUGAUCCAUAUUUUAAUGGGAUGUUAAGUGACUGUUUCAAGUCAAAUAAUCAAAAUAUGGCCCAUGUCCAUCAGUGCACAGCCACAAAAUAGAAUGUCUCAGUCUGCUAUUACUAUUUGAGCUGUUAUAUUGCUGAGAACUUGACACAAAAGCUGCCUCAACUCUGCUUUAUCUGUUAUUGGAAACACCCUGAGAAGCCUUUGGUCUCAACUGCCGAUUAUGAUACGUUGUGGUGACAUCAAUGGACACACUACACACUAUGGUGCUGAACUACCAGGAGGAUGAGCUUCUGGGUAAUGUAGUCACAACAUCCCUUUUGAGGCCAUGCCACAGGUGUUGUCACUUUCUAAAGCCCUAAUUGCUCAGUCAUUGAUUGCUCUGUUUAUCACCCCGCUGUGAAUAUGUAGGGGUAGCAAUGCCGUCCAUGCGUCAUUCAUGUAUGUAGAAUGACAAGCAGGGGUACACAACAUUGUACAUCAUUCCUUUUAUUCAAUUUUUGAAUUUUUAAUGCUUGUGUGAACACAGGUGUUUUAUCGCAUCCUAUGAAUGUAUGUAAAUAUGCAGGAGUGUACAUCGCUGCAACCAGGAAACACACAGAGACUAUUCUGAUACCAUAUCUUAAAAAAACAAAUCAGUGGUUGUGAAGAUUUCUAGUGCAAACCCUAAAUGUGUACAUAACUUAACGUUUCAGUACAUAUGAAUAUAUUAUAUAUAUUUUUUCUUUGUUCUAUCCAAGAUGCAUUUACAAAUAAAAUUUAAAAGAACCAA